AUGAAUCCCUGCAACAUCCCAAUUAUCGUCCUACCAGGGACAUCAUCUCCUGCUGAUAUUAGGAGAGCCAUCGAUACGAACAACCAGACUGUAGCAACAUCCGAUGGGAAGAAGAGCAAAUGCAAGAGCAGAAAGAGCUUCGCUGAUUUCAAUCUUGCUUCCUUGCCAUACAAAGUAUUGUUCAUCUUUGGUGUUAUCGUUGUGUUGUUACAGAAAAACAACACGUCUUCCAACUUAGAAGUUAGCAGAAAUGGCAGAUCCUUAGGUGCGUACAGCCAUGAUGACUCCUAUGAGUACUACGGAAGUGGUAGGAAAUGGGAAGAUGAGGAAGACAUGUAUAACCUAAGAAUGAGAGGUCGUGACGAAAACGAUGGUGAUGAGAAGAACAGGGAACAUCGAUCUGAUGCAGAUGAUAAGCGUACUUUUCAUGAUAUGAAACCCGCACCUGCAUACGAUGAUGAAAAAGAUGAUAAGCGUACUUUUCAUGAUAUGAAACCCGCACCUGCAUACGAUGAUGAAAAAGAUGAUAAGAGUAAAAUUAUUCAUGAUAAUAAACCUGUUCCACCUAAACCUGAUGGUGAUGAGAAGAACAAGGAACAUCGAUCUGAUGCAGAUGAUAAGCGUACUUUUCAUGAUAUGAAACCCGCACCUGCAUACGAUGAUGAAAAGGAUGAUAAGAGCAAAAUUAUUCAUGAUAAUAAACCUGUUCCACCUAAACCUGAUGGUGAUGAGAAGAACAAGGAACAUCGCUCUGAUGCAGAUGAUAAGCGUACUUUUCAUGAUAUGAAACCCGCACCUGCAUAUGAUGAUGAAAAAGAUGAUAAGAGCAAAAUUAUUCAUGAUAAUAAACCUGUUCCACCUAAACCUGAUGGUGAUGACCCUGGUAAGGGUGAUGGCCACAACGUGGUUCCAAGUCCAGAUGUACCUGAUGAUGAUCCCACUAAUCCACCCGCCACCACAGCAGCACCACGUACCCCAGGUGGUGACAAACAUGAUGACAGGCACGAUGAUAAGGAUAAUGUAAUUAAAAUAAUUAAGACACAUAAGAUCGAACCUGAUGACGAGCAUGAUGAUGAUAGACGUUAUGACAGGCAUGACGAUAGGCAUUAUGAUGAUAGGCGCUUUGACAGGCAUGAUGAUAGGCACGAUGAUGAUAGGCGUUUUGACAGGCAUGAUGAUGAUAGACGUUAUGACAAACAUGAUGACAGGCAUUAUGAUGAUAGGCGUUUUGACAGGCAUGAUGAUAGGCGUUUUGACAGGCAUGAUGAUAGGCGUUAUGACAGGCACGAUGAUGAUAGACAUUAUGACAAACAUGAUGACAGACACGAUGAUAAGGAUAAUGUGAUUAAAAUAAUUAAGACACAUAAGAUCGAACCUGAUGACGAGCAUGAUGAUGAUAGACGUUAUGACAGGCAUGAUGAUAGGCAUUAUGAUGAUAGGCGCUUUGACAGGCAUGAUGAUAGGCACGAUGAUGAUAGGCAUUAUGAUGAUAGGCGUUUUGACAGGCACGAUGAUGGAUCUCACCCCAAUCAUCGUGGACGUCGUGUUGGUGUAACAGGAGCUAUGUCUCAAGGCCCUGAUCCAAGAGGUGAUAGAAGAGGAGACGAAAGGGAAUUCAGAAACUAUGAUGAACGCGGAAGAAAUCUAGAUGAUAGGAGAGGACGAAAUCGAUAUGACGAUUUUAAUGGCCUCGAUGAAUUUGGAGGUUAUUAUAACAGAAGGUUCAGAAGAGGCGAUGAUAGUUCAGCUCAUUAUGACAGAUUUAAUUCUAUGAGAUAUGAAGGAGAUUUUAGCCAAGGCUCUAGAGGUGGAAGAAUGAGAAAUGAAAAUCCUUUUAGUGUCCCAAGAGAUAGAAGAGAUGAUGUGAAUGGCCCAAGAAAAUCCCAUGACUCCAGGCCACCACGUGGAAAUCCUGAAGAUGACCCAAGGCAAUUCCCUAAUUCUCGUGGACCUAUGGAACGUGAGGACGAAUUCGAAGAUGGAAGAAAUAGACGUAUGCGUGCAGGACCACAAGGAGAUGAAGGAAGGAGGGACGAACGAGGACGAGAUAGAAGACUUGAUAUGGAAGAAGACAGGUUUAAUUCCAGAGAAGAUUUCAUGAGAAGAUCUGCAGAUGGACGCCGAGGACAAGUAGGCAGAGAUGUGCAUGGACGACCCGAGGGUGACGAUGAACGACUCCCAUUCGGAUGCACCCAAGCUGAAUUAGAAGAGCAGAUGACUGAAGAGGAAUUAAACAGAAGAAUCCAAAACUUGAGGCCAAAUGCAACCGUAAAGGAGAUGUUCGUUCUGUUCAACCAGAUACUCUCCUUCGAAAGAAAGAAGUUUGUUAAGACGCAAGAGUAUAUUAUGCGAUACUCACAGUAUUUACAAAAAACUCUGUUAUUACCAACCCCAAUCAGAAUGAAGUACUGGUGGAGGGCACACUACAACAUGACCGAGGAAUUGAUUAAGAAAGAGAGAGGAGACUUCCAAGAUUUCUAUGCCUUUGUAAACAGGGGACCAUGCCAGAAAUGGGAUUUCCUCUACUUCGUCAAUGCCAAGAGAAAGUCGUGGGAAGAACUCAGUGAUUUAAUGAAGAGCGUGUGGAUGGAAAUCUUAACCUACAAGAUGAAAAAACACAGUAAAUUGUAA